GCAGCCGAGUCCACGCGCGACGGCGCGCUGCUCAUCGCGGGCGCCGAGGCCCCCAAGCGCGGCAGCAUCCUCAGCAAGCCGCGCGCGGGCGGCGCGGGCGCCGGGAAGCCCCCCAAGCGCAACGCCGUGUACCGCCGGCUGCAGAACUUCCUUUACAACGUGCUGGAGCGGCCGCGCGGCUGGGCCUUCAUCUACCACGCCUACGUGUUCCUGCUGGUCUUCUCCUGCCUCGUGCUGUCUGUAUUUUCCACCAUCAAAGAGUAUGAGAAGAGCUCAGAGGGCGCCCUCUACAUCCUGGAAAUUGUGACCAUCGUGGUGUUUGGUGUGGAGUACUUUGUGCGGAUCUGGGCAGCAGGCUGCUGCUGCCGGUACCGUGGCUGGAGGGGGCGGCUCAAGUUUGCCCGGAAGCCAUUCUGCGUGAUUGACAUCAUGGUGCUCAUCGCCUCCAUCGCUGUGCUGGCUGCUGGCUCGCAGGGCAAUGUCUUCGCCACAUCUGCACUUCGGAGCCUGCGCUUCCUGCAGAUUCUGCGGAUGAUCCGCAUGGACCGGAGGGGGGGCACCUGGAAGCUGCUGGGCUCUGUGGUCUACGCCCACAGCAAGGAGCUGGUCACCGCCUGGUACAUUGGCUUCCUCUGCCUCAUCCUGGCCUCGUUUCUGGUGUACUUGGCAGAGAAGGGUGAGAACGACCACUUCGACACCUAUGCUGACGCGCUCUGGUGGGGGCUGAUCACCCUGACAACCAUUGGCUAUGGAGACAAGUAUCCGCAGACCUGGAACGGGCGGCUCCUGGCAGCCACCUUCACCCUCAUUGGCGUCUCGUUCUUCGCGCUCCCAGCGGGCAUCUUGGGGUCUGGCUUUGCCCUGAAGGUCCAAGAGCAGCACCGGCAGAAACACUUUGAGAAGAGGCGGAACCCGGCGGCAGGCCUGAUCCAGUCCGCCUGGAGAUUCUAUGCCACCAACUUGUCCCGCACAGACCUGCACUCCACGUGGCAGUACUACGAGCGCACGGUGACCGUGCCCAUGUACAGCUCGCAAACUCAAACCUACGGGGCCUCCAGGCUGAUCCCCCCCCUCAACCAGCUGGAGCUGCUGCGGAACCUCAAGAGUAAAUCUGGACUCGCCUUCAGGAAGGAGCCUCCACCAGAGCCGUCCCCAAGUCAAGGCAGACGGUGCAGAGGGUCCCUGUGCGGAUGCUGCCCUGGACGCCCUAGCCAGAAGGUCAGCUUGAAAGAUCGUGUCUUCUCCAGCCCCCGUGGUGUGGCUGCCAAGGGGAAGGGGUCCCCCCAGGCCCAGAGCGUGCGGCGCUCGCCCAGUGCUGACCAGAGCCUGGAGGACAGCCCCAGCAAGGUGCCCAAGAGCUGGAGCUUUGGAGACCGCAGCCGGGCACGCCAGGCCUUCCGGAUCAAGGGUGCCGCAUCGCGGCAGAACUCAGAAGAAGCAAGUCUCCCAGGGGAAGAUGUUGUGGAUGACAAGAGCUGCAACUGCGAGUUUGUGACCGAAGACUUGACCCCAGGCCUCAAAGUCAGCAUCAGAGCUGUGUGUGUCAUGCGGUUCCUAGUGUCCAAGCGGAAAUUCAAGGAGAGCCUGAGGCCCUACGAUGUGAUGGAUGUCAUCGAGCAGUACUCGGCCGGCCACCUGGACAUGCUGUCCCGCAUCAAGAGCCUGCAGUCCAGAGUGGACCAGAUUGUGGGGCGGGGUCCAGCCAUCACCGACAAGGACCGAGCCAAGGGCCCAGCGGAGGCGGAGCUGCCUGAGGACCCCAGCAUGAUGGGCCGGCUUGGGAAGGUGGAGAAACAGGUCCUGUCCAUGGAGAAGAAGCUGGACUUCCUGGUGAACAUUUACACACAGCGCAUGGGCAUUCCCCCAACGGAGACCGAGGCCUACUUCGGGGCCAAGGAGCCUGAGCCUGCGCCGCCGUACCACAGCCCGGAGGACAGCCGCGAGCAGGGGGACCGCCAUGGCUGCAUUGUCAAGGUCGUGCGCUCCACCAGCUCUGCUGGCCAGAAGAACUUUGCGGCGCCGCCGGCCGGGCCGCCCGCUCCGUGCCCACCCUCCACCUCAUGGCAGUCUCAGGGCCACCCACGAGGCCAUGGCGCCUCCCCUGUGGGCGACCCUGGCUCACUAGUGCGCCUCCCGCCACCACCUGCCCACGAGCGUUCACUGUCGGCCUAUGGUGGCGGCCACCGCGCCAGCACGGAGUUUCUGCGACUCGAUGAGGGCUGCCGGCCCACCGAGGGCGCCCUGAGGGACAGUGACACGUCUAUCUCCAUCCCAUCCGUGGACCACGAGGAGCUGGAACGCUCCUUCAGUGGCUUCAGCAUCUCCCAGUCCAAGGAGCAGCUGGACGCCCUCAACAGCUGCUACGCAGCUGUGGCGCCCUGCGCCAAAGUCAGACCUUACAUCGCGGAGGGCGAGUCGGACACGGACUCGGACCUCUGCACCCCAUGUGGGCCCCCACCGCGCUCAGCCACAGGCGACGGCCCCUUUGGCGAUGUGGGCUGGGGCGGGCCCAGAAAGUGA